UCCAGUUCCUGCAGCUCCUCCAUCUACAGAGCGGAGCUGGACGCACCAGCCAGAAUGUGGAGAGCGGUGCCACUCCAACUCUUUCUCCUCUUAUUCUGCUGGUUCUGCCAAUCACAAGGAUGUGAACUGGGGCAGUUCCGCUGCGGGACGGGCCGAUGCAUUCCAUGGGAUUGGCACUGCGAUGGGACUUCAGACUGCACGGAUGACUCUGAUGAACAAGAAUGUCCUCAGAUAACUUGCGAUGACAGUCACUUCCAGUGUUUGAGUGACGGCGAGUGUAUCCCCGGUGUGUGGAUGUGCGAUGAUGAAGAGGACUGUGAAGAUGGGUCGGACGAGAGACUAAACUGUCCUGGGAGAACCUGCUCCAGUGGACAGUUCAGCUGUAGCAACGGGCCGUGCGUUCCGACCGAGUACCGAUGCGACCACCUAUCUGACUGCACCGACGGCUCUGAUGAGAGAAACUGCGAUUACCCAGAGUGCACAGAGCUUCGAUGUGCUAAUGGUGCCUGCUACAACCGGACGCAAAGAUGCGAUCACAUACUUGACUGUCGAGAUGGCUCGGAUGAGGCAAAUUGCACACAGCACUGCAGUGGAGGCCUGUAUCCAUGUCAUAACGGGAUGUGCAUUCCUCAACGUUACAUCUGCGACCACGACGACGACUGCGGGGAUCGAAGUGACGAACUCAAUUGCACAUAUCCUUCAUGCAGGGGCAAUUACUUUACCUGCCCCAGCGGUCGCUGUAUUCAUCAAGUGUGGCUUUGCGAUGGAGAAGAUGAUUGUGAAGACAAUGCAGAUGAAAAAGGCUGCGAAAAUGCAGUGCACGAGUGUUACCCAGGAGAGUGGCCAUGUCCAUCUACUGGUGUGUGCAUCUCCAUGAAUCAGCUAUGUGACGGGACGCCUCACUGUUCUGAAGGAGAGGACGAAAGCAACACCACUGCUGGACGCAACUGCAGUGUCUGGAGAUGUUCUUCUCUGAGUUGUGAGCAUCGCUGUCAUCCUUCUCCGGAUGGAGGAACUUGUUCCUGUCCUUCCGGCUACACCGUCAGCAGCAAUGACAGUCGCUCGUGUAUAGACUUUGACGACUGCUCAAUGUGGGGCGCGUGCGACCAGCUCUGCGAGGACCGCGUUGGUUCUCAUCGCUGCAGCUGCAGAGAGGGCUACAUCCUGGAACAGCACAGACACUGUCGAGCCGACACCUCGUCCGGAGUCCCUUCCUUGGUGUUUUCCAAUGGCAGAGACCUACUAAUAGGUAACAUCCAUGGCAACAGUCUUCGCACUUUGGUACAAUCGCAGAACAGAGGAGUCGCAGCGGGAGUGGACUUUCAUUUUGAGCGCCGUACGAUCUUCUGGACUGACACCAUUCAGAAUAAGGUGUUUUCUGUGAACAUGGACGGGUCCAAUUUGCAGGUGGUUUUAAAUGUAUCAGUUGACCACCCCGAGAACCUGGCUGUGGAUUGGGUGAACAAUAAACUAUAUGUGGUGGAGGCCAGUGUCAACAGGAUCGACAUGGUGGACCUGGAUGGAAGUAACCGGGUCACGCUCAUCACCGAGAACUUGGGUAACCCUAGAGGACUGGCGGUGGACCCCACUGUCGGCUAUAUGUUCUUCUCUGAUUGGGAAGCUCUCAACGGACAACCUGGUCUUGAACGAGCCUACAUGGAUGGAAGCAACCGUUACGGGAUCAUCAAGAGUAAACUCGGCUGGCCAGCUGGCAUCACGCUAGACAUCGAGGCCAAGCGCAUUUACUGGGUCGACAGUCGCUAUGACUACAUCGAAACGGCAACCUACGAUGGUCUUCAUCGAAAAACUGUCGUCCACGGAGGUGCUGUGGUACCGCACCCGUUUGGGAUCAGCCUAUUUGAGCAGUACGUGUAUUUUACCGACUGGACAAAAAUGGCAGUCAUUAAAGCCAACAAGUUCUCAGACACAAGCCCUCAGGUGGUCUACGCUACAUCCCAGACGCCACAUGGAGUGGCAGUCAUACAUCAUCUCAAACAGCCAAACGUGGCGAAUCCUUGCAGGACAAACAACGGCGGGUGUGAUCAAAUCUGCGUUUUGAGUCACAGGAGCGACAACGGAGGCUUAGGCUACCGAUGCAAGUGUCGCAUAGGCUUCGACUUACACACCGAUGGCAAGAAAUGUCAGGCCGUGAGGCAGUUUCUGCUUUUCAGCAGUCAGAUGGCCGUGCGAGGGAUACCGUUCAAUCUCUCCUCUCAGGAAGAUAUCAUCCUUCCCAUCAGCGGAUUACCAUCCUACUUUGUCGGCGUGGACUUUAGUGCCGAGGAUGACGCUAUCUUCUUCUCAGAUACGGCUAAAGAUAUGAUCUACAAACAGAAAGUGGAUGGGACUGGCAGGGAGGUUCUGGCUGCCAACAGAGUGGACAGCGUGGAGGACCUGGCUUACGACUGGAUUUCGAAAAAUCUCUACUGGACUGACCCGCGAUACAGGAGCAUAUCUGUCAUGAAGGUCACCGAUAAGUCCAGACGGGCUAUCAUACAGAACCUGAACAACCCCAGGGCAAUCGUAGUCCAUCCUCUUGUCGGAUAUAUUUUUUGGACCGACUGGUACCGGCCAGCAAAGAUUAUGAGAGCUUGGGGCGAUGGCUCACAUGCCCUGUCUAUUGUAAACACCACUCUUGGCUGGCCUAACGGUCUCGCUAUUGACUGGAGCGCUAUGCGUUUGUAUUGGGUCGAUGCCUUCUUUGACAAAAUUGAGCACAGCAAUUUCGAUGGACAUAACAGGCUUGCUCUGGACCGUGUCAGUCAGAUGUCCCAUCCCUUUGGCCUCACCAUCUUUGAAGGUUAUGCGUAUUUCACCGACUGGCGCCUGGGUAGAAUUGUCCGCGUCCGCAAGACCGACGGUGGAGAGAUGGUGGUUAUCCGAAGAGGGAUCAGCCACAUCAUGCAUGUCAAAUCUUUCAACUCCAACUCUCAGAUAGGUUCCAACCCGUGCAACCGGCCGGCAAAUCCAAAUGGGGACUGUAGCCACUUUUGCUUCCCGGCCCCGGACUCCCACAGGGUGUGUGGCUGUCCGUACGGCAUGAAGUUGUCCCCCAACCAGCAGACGUGUGUGGAGGACCCUUCCAGCGAGCCCCCAACGCUGCAGUGCGGCGCCAACUCCUUCUCCUGCGGCAACAGCAAAUGCGUCCCAAAGAACUACCGAUGCGACGGCGUUGACGACUGCCAUGACAACAGCGACGAGGCCCACUGUGGCGUCAACAACGUCACAUGCUCCCCCUCUGCGUUCACCUGCGCCAACCAGCGAUGCGUGGCGGCUGCGUGGCGCUGCGAUGGCCACAACGACUGCCUGGAUGGCAGCGACGAGUCCGAUUGCCCGACGCGUGUGGCCGGAACCUGCGCGGCCAAUCAGUUCACCUGUGCCAACCACCGUUGCGUCCCGCUCACCUGGCGCUGUGACACUGACAACGACUGCGGUGAUGGUUCAGAUGAAGCAGACUGCCAUCAGAGUAGCACAUGCCAUUCAGACCAAUUUCAGUGUCCAGACCAUCGCUGCAUAGCACCCAGUUACGUCUGUGAUGGCGAUCGGGAUUGUGUGGAUGGAGCAGAUGAGCAAGGAUGCAUCUACAACUGUACCGUGAACGAGUUCAAGUGCUCCAGCGGUCACCAGUGCAUCAACUCCUUCUACCGAUGUGACGGAGUCUUUGACUGCACCGAUCGCUCAGAUGAGCAAAGCUGUCCGACAAGGCCUCCCGGGAUGUGCCAUCACGAAAGCGAGUUCCAGUGCCAGUCAGAUGGCAGCUGCGUGCCGUCCACAUGGGAGUGCGACGGUCACUCGGAUUGCGAGGACGGCAGCGACGAACACCACGCCUGCCCGCCUCGCACCUGCCCGUCCUUGCUCUUCCGCUGUGACAACGGCAACUGCGUGCUGCGCAGCUGGCUGUGCGACGGCGACAACGACUGCAGGGACAUGAGCGACGAGCGCGACUGCCCCGCCCCGCCUUUCCGUUGCCCGAGCUGGCAGUGGCAGUGCCCCGGCUACAGUAUGUGCAUCAACCUCACGGCGGUUUGCGACAACUCUCCCGACUGCCCUAACGAUGCAGACGAGUCUCCGCUCUGCAACGAGCCUUUGCCAGAUCAGGAGAGCUGCUCUGACAACAAUGCCGGAUGCACCCACGGCUGCAUCCAAGGGCCCUUCGGGGCCCAGUGCACGUGUCCUGUGGGCUAUCAACUCACUAAUGACUCCAAAACCUGUGAGGACAUAGACGAAUGUCAUCCUCCCGGCCUAUGUAGCCAACACUGCUUUAACGAAAGAGGCUCUUUCCGCUGCCACUGCCACGAUGGUUACACUCUCGAAGAGGACCAGCGAACCUGCAAGGCCUCGGAUUCCCGUCAAGCCUUCUUGUUGGUAGCCAGUCGAAAUCAUAUCGUGCAAGAUGACAUCACCGCUCGACCCAACGUGGUGCACUCGCUGAUCCGGGACGGACGCAACAUCGUGGCCCUUGACUUCGACUCGGUCAAUGAGCGAGUGUACUGGUCCGACACAAGCCAGGACAGGAUCUGGAGCGCUCAUAAAAAUGGCAGCGAUCGAACCGUGAUAUUUGACAGUGGGGUGACUGUGACAGAGAGCCUUGUUGUGGAUUGGGUGGGCAGGAACCUCUACUGGAGCGACUACGUUCUGGAGACAAUUGAGGUUUCCAGAUUAGAUGGUAGUCACCGGACCGUGUUGGUCAGCGAGAACAUCACCAACCCCAGAGGCCUGGUGCUGGACCCAAGAGACAGUGCUCACCUGAUGUUUUGGACGGACUGGGGGAGGAACCCCCGUAUUGAGCGGGCCAGCAUGGAUGGCAAACUGAGAACCGUUAUCAUAAGCAACAAACUGUACUGGCCCAACGGUCUUACCAUCGAUUAUCCCAACAAUUUGCUGUACUUUGCUGACGCCUAUUUGGAUUUCAUAGACUACUGCGAUUAUAAUGGCAAGAAUAGAAAACAAGUCCUGGCCAGUGACCUGGUUCUUCAACAUCCCCACGCAAUUACCAUUUUUGAGGAUUUUGUGUAUUGGACCGACAGAUACAUCAAUCGCGUGAUGCGAGCCCAUAAAUGGCAUGGGGAGAACCAGACAGUGAUGCUGUUCAACCUUCCUCAGCCCAUGGGUCUUGUGGCAGUGCACCCGGCCCGACAGCCGGCAGGUAGCAAUUACUGCUCCCAGAACACCUGCACUCAUAUUUGCUUGCUGUCGGCCAUUGGACCACGGUUCUACUCAUGUGCGUGCCCCUCAGGGUGGACCCUGGCAGCCGACCAAGUCAUGUGUACCAAAAUUGAGGAUCCUUUCUUGGUGGUGGUGAGAGACAGCAUCAUUUACGGCAUUUCCUUGAAUCCAAACGACAUGAGUAAUGGAGCAAUGGUGCCCGUGGCUGGGCUUCAGAAUGGCUAUGACGUAGACUUUGAUGACCAUGAACAGACUCUUUACUGGGUCGAGCACCCCGGUGAAAUCCACAGAGUCAAGUCAGAUGGUACCAACAGGACAGAGUUUGCCCCCGCGGCUCUUUUAGGAUCUCCUGUGGGCCUGGCCCUGGACUGGAUCACAGAAAACCUCUACUAUACCAAUCCGUCAACACAGUCGAUUGAGGUUUUGAAGCUGAGAGGGGAGUUCCAGUACAGAAAAACUCUCAUCACAAAUAACGGCUCACCAAAUGGUGCCGGUAGUCCUGUUGGCAUUGCUGUGGACCCGGCACGUGGCAAACUGUACUGGACCGAUCAAGGGACGGAGAGCGGCAUCCCCGCCAAGGUGGCAUCUGCAGACAUGGAUGGUUUGAACCCUGUCAUUCUGUUCACCAAUAACCUGGACCACAUUGAGUUCCUCACUGUGGACAUUCAAGAGAACAAGCUGUACUGGGCUGUCACAAGCAGCGGCAUGAUUGAACGUGGAGAUCCAGAUGGGACCAAUCGCGUCACCGUGGUGUCAGGUCUGGCUCACCCCUGCGGUGUGGCCGUCUAUCAGAACUUCCUUUACUUCACCGACCGUGACUUUGAGGUCAUAGAGCGCGUAGACAAGACAACAGGCUCCAACAGGGUUGUGCUACGGGAUAAUGUGUCUGGACUCAGAGUUCUGAAAGUUCAUUUCCGAGACUCCUCUGCAGGCACAACCAAUGGCUGUACCAACAACACGAUUGCGUGCGAGCAUUUAUGCUUGCCUCGACCGCAGGGUCUCUUCACGUGUGCCUGCGCCACGGGCUUUAAACUCAACGCCGACAACGUGACCUGCGCCCCUUACGGGUCUUACGUUGUCAUCUCCACGCUGUCCGCUAUCAAAGGCUUCAGUCUCGAAGGGGUGGACCAUGCUGAAGCUAUGGUGCCAGUGGCAGGGCGAGGUCGUAAUGCUUUACAUGUGGACGUGCACAUGGCAUCUGGUUAUAUCUACUGGUGUGACUUCAGCAGCACGGUUACAGCACAAAACGGGGUCAGAAGAAUCAAGACAGAUGGCUCGGGAUUACACAGCGUCGUGAGCAGUGGCAUAGGACGCAAUGGCAUACGAGGAAUAGCGGUGGACUGGGCCGCAGGAAACCUUUAUUUCACCAACGCCUUCCUGACGGAGACAUACGUUGAAGUUCUUCGGCUGAAUACUACUUUCCGAAGGGUACUGUUAAAAACCCAGACGGACAUGCCGCGCCACAUCGUGGUAGACCCUCGGAAUAGAUACUUAUUCUGGGCCGACUACGGCCAGAACCCCAAAAUCGAGCGAGCGCUUUUGGAUGCAAGCAACCGCACGAUUUUAGUAUCAUCUGGAAUCGUCACCCCACGAGGUCUCGCUCUGGACCAAGAAACUGGAUACGUCUACUGGGUUGAUGACUCUCUGGAUAUGAUUGCCCGAGUCAGCCCCCAAGGAGGGGAGACGGAAGUCGUGCGCUACGGCAGUCGCUACCCAACUCCUUACGGAAUCACCGUGUUUCAAGGGACUAUCAUUUGGGUGGACAGAAACCUCAAGAAGGUUUUCCAAGCAAGCAAGGAACCCGGCAGCGCUGAGCAACCUACUGUCUUAAGAGACAACAUAAACAUGUUGAGAGAUGUUACUAUUUUUGACCGGCGCAUGCAGCCGUCCACAGCCCAAGAGCUUCACAAUAACCCCUGUGUGGAGGCCAACGGAGGCUGCGCCCACUUCUGCUUUGCCUUGCCAACCGCCGACUUUGGCAACGCAUCCAGGAAAUGCGCUUGUGCCUAUGGGAAUCUCGCGGGUGAUGAUGAGAGCUGUGUGGUGUCAAAGGAUGAUUAUCUCAUCUACACCACGGAGAGCACGGUGCGCAGCCUACGUCUCGAUCCAGAAGACCACGCCGUGCCCUUCCCAGUGGUCAAUGUGCCACGUACUUCGGUGGCGCUGGAUUUUGACUUCACCGACCAAAGGGUCUACUUCACUCAGAGUUCGGGCGCAGGAGCUAGCAAGAUCAGCUACAUCAGUUUGUCUUCUCCCACUUCAACUCCAGUGGCGGUUGCUUCAGAUCUUGGGGCUCCUGACGGCAUCGCGUACGACUGGAUAAAUCGACGGAUUUACUACAGUGACUAUGCUAACCAAAGCAUCAGCUCAAUGUCUGUGAAUGGAUCUCAGAGGACGAUUAUCGCACACGUGUCCAGGCCAAGAGCCAUCAUGUUGGACCCCUGCCGGGGAUACAUGUAUUGGACGGACUGGGGAACCCAUGCGAAGAUCGAGCGUGCUACCUUAGGUGGGAAUUUCCGAAAGGAGAUCAUCAACAGCAGUCUGGUGUGGCCCAAUGGACUGAGCUUAGACUAUGAAGAGGAAAGGCUGUAUUGGGCUGACGCCAGCUUACAGAAAAUUGAGCGAUCUUCUCUGACCGGAGCAAAUCGGGAGGUCAUUGUCAGCACGGCCAUCUACCCGUUCGCCUUGGCGAUGUUUGACCAGUUCAUAUACUGGACUGACUGGAACACACGGAGCAUCUACCGGGCCAACAAACACGACGGCUCCGACCAGACGGUAAUGAUUCUGAACCUUCCGUCUCGGCCCAUGGACAUCCAUGUUUUGGCCAGCGGGAAGCAGCAGCAGUGUGUCAGUCCUUGCGAGCAGUUUAACGGAGGCUGCAGUCAUAUCUGCACACCAGGGCCCAAUGGAGCUGAGUGUCACUGUCCAUUAGAGGGGCACUGGUACCUGGCUGACAAUAAGCACUGCAUCCCUGAUAACAGGACUCGGUGCCAGCCGGGUCAGUUUACUUGUCUGAAUGGCCGCUGCAUUCGUGCCCAGUGGAAGUGUGACAAUGACAAUGAUUGCGGAGAUGGCAGCGAUGAGCUGGAGAGAGUCUGUGCCUUCCACACAUGUGAUUCCACCGUGUUCACGUGCGGCAACGGGCGAUGCGUGCCUUACCACUACCGCUGCGACCACUACGACGACUGCGGCGACAACAGCGACGAAGUGGGCUGUCUGUUCAGGCGCUGCGACCCCAGCGCAGAGUUCACCUGCAACAAUGGCCGAUGUAUUUCCAAGGAGCACGUUUGCAACGGCAUCAAUAACUGCUACGACAACGGCACCUCAGAUGAGCAAGAUUGCCCUGAGAGAACAUGCCAGCCGGAACACACCAAGUGUCAGUCGACCAACAUUUGCAUCCCGCGCUCGUACCUGUGCGACGGAGACGACGACUGCGGAGAUAUGAGCGACGAGAGUCCGACGCAUUGCGCUACAUCCACAUGUACCCAGAGCGAGUUCCGUUGCUCCAGCGGUCGUUGCAUCCCCGCCCACUGGUACUGUGACGGAGGGGCCGAUUGUGCCAACGCCUCUGAUGAACCCCUCUCCUGCACCACAUUAGCCAGGACGUGCAAUGCAGAUCAGUUCCGGUGCGAUGAUGGCAGAUGCAUCGCCACCUCCUGGAUUUGUGACGGCGACAACGACUGUGGUGACAUGAGCGAUGAAGACCAGCGGCACAAUUGUGCCGACCGUGCCUGUUCCAGCGCAGAGUUCACUUGCGCCAACAACCAACCGCCUCAGCGCAAGUGCAUUCCUCAAGACUGGCUAUGUGAUGGAGACGCCGACUGCGCGGAUGCGCUGGACGAGCAUCAGAAUUGUUCGCGGAGAUCCUGUGGAGUCAACGAGUUCACCUGCAGCAAUGGCCUCUGCAUACGUAGCUCCUACAGGUGCGACAGGCGAAACGAUUGUGGUGACAGCAGCGACGAACAGGGCUGCGCCUACCAGCCGUGCCAGCAACACCAAUUCACCUGCCAGAACGGCCGAUGCGUGUCGCAUGACUUUGUCUGCGACGGGGACAACGAUUGCGGAGACGAGUCCGACGAACUGGAGCACGUGUGCCACGCCCCUCCGCUCACUUGCCCCCCGGGAGAGUUCACAUGUGACAACGGACACUGUAUCCCCUUGAGCCAGGUGUGUAACCGGGACGACAACUGCUCCGACAACAGUGACGAGAAAGGAUGCGGUAUCAACGAGUGCACAGAUCCAUCGAUCCAUCACUGCGACCACAAUUGUUCAAACACAGCCACCAGCUUCAUCUGCACAUGUCGCCCGGGCUACCGCCUCAUGUCCGACGGGACGACGUGCGACGAUGUCAACGAGUGCGUGGAGACCCCCAGCGUGUGCAGCCAAGUGUGCGAGAACACGGUGGGCUCGUACGUCUGCAAGUGCGCCCCGGGCUUUCUCCGAGAGCCGGACGGGCGCAGGUGUCGCCAAAACAGCAACAUCUCGCCUCACCUCAUCUUCAGCAACCGCUACUACCUCAGGAACCUGUCCACAGAUGGGCAGGCUUACUCGCUAAUCCUGCAGGGCCUGACCAGUGUUGUGGCCAUGGACUUUGACCGCGUGGACAAACGCUUGUAUUGGAUCGACGUGAGCCGCAGGGUGAUUGAAAGGAUGUCCUACAAUGGCAGCAACAGAGAAGUGGUAGUCAACGGAAUUAUGCACGGCGAGGGCCUUGCCAUCGACUGGAUCGCCAGGAAGCUCUACUGGGUGGACAGUUUCAUGGAUUGCCUUUUAGUGUCAGAACUGGACGGACGAUUUGUGAAAAAACUGGCUGAGCACUGCGUCGAUGCUAAUAACACUUAUUGCUUUGAGAACCCCCGAGCCAUCGUGUUGCAUCCCAAACAAGGUUAUGUUUACUGGAGCGACUGGGGUGACAAAGCCUUCAUAGGCCGAGUCGGAAUGGACGGAACCAACAAAGUAGCGAUCAUCACCACAAAGAUAGAGUGGCCCAAUGGGCUCACCAUAGACUACACCAAUGACAAGCUCUACUGGUCCGACGCACAUUUGAACUACAUCGAGUAUUCGGAUUUGGAUGGCCACCACAGACACACGGUGUACAACGGAGUUUUGCCUCAUCCCUUUGCCCUGACCGUGUUCGAGGACACCGUCUAUUGGACGGACUGGAACACACGAACGGUGGAAAAGGGAAACAAAUAUGACGGCUCUGGUCGCCAGGUUCUGGUCAACACCACACACAGACCGUUUGAUAUUCACGUGUGCCAUCCUUACAGACAGCCCAUUGUAAACAAUCCUUGUGCGGUGAACAAUGGAGGUUGCACUCACCUGUGCCUCAUCCGUCACGGGGGGCGGGAACACACUUGCGAGUGUCCCGAUCACUUCCUGGCAAUGCAAAUCGGAGGAGUGACCAGAUGCCUUCCCAUGUGUACCAGCACGCAGUACAGAUGCGCCAACAAUGAACGUUGUAUUCCGAUCUGGUGGAAGUGUGACGGUCAGAAAGACUGCAGGGACGGCUCGGACGAACCCUCUACAUGCCCCUCGCGCCACUGCAGGCUGGGCCACUUUCAGUGCAACGACGCCAACUGCACCACUCCGCACUCGUUAUGCAACGGCAAGCGGGACUGCCACGACGGCUCCGAUGAAGACGCCGUUUUGUGCGCGACACACCAAUGCGAACCUCACCAGUGGCAGUGCGCAAAUAAGGAGUGUAUCCCUGAGUCGUGGCAGUGCGACGGCGAGGACGACUGCGGCGACCGCUCCGACGAAGACCCCUCCCAUUGUUCCACCAGGACGUGCCGUCCCGGGCAGUUCAAAUGCCGCAAUGGACGCUGUAUCCCCCCAAAAUGGAAAUGUGACACCGACGAUGACUGCGGGGACAACUCCGACGAGCCUCUGGAGGAGUGCAUGGGGCCAGCGUACCGCUGUGACAACCACACCGAGUUUGACUGCAAGACCAACUACCGAUGUGUGCCGCUCUGGUCUGUCUGCAACGGCCACGACGACUGCAGAGACAACAGCGAUGAGCAGGGCUGCGAUGAGGUGGCCUGCGACGCCAGCGGAGACUUUCAGUGCGGCAACCAUCGUUGCAUCCCGCUAAGGUGGCGCUGUGACGGCGAUGACGACUGCGGGGACAAUUCCGACGAGCGCAGCUGUACACCACGCGCGUGCACCGAGAGCGAGUUUCGCUGCAACAAUCUGCACUGCAUUCCCGACCGUUGGGUCUGUGACCAUGACAACGACUGUGAAGACAACUCGGAUGAAAGAGACUGUGAGCUUCGGACAUGCCACCCUGGCUACUUCCAGUGCGGGAGCGGCCAUUGCAUCGCCGACCGCUUCAAAUGUGACGGCAACGCAGACUGCGUGGAUUACACGGACGAGUCGUCAUGCGCACCACGCUUCCCAAACGGCACCUACUGCCCCCACUUCCUGUUUGAGUGCAAGAAUCACGUCUGCGUGCAGCCUCACUGGAAGUGCGACGGAGACGACGACUGCGGGGACAAUUCCGACGAGGAGCUUCACCUCUGCCUGACAGUCCAAUGUGAGACGCCGUUCCGUUUCCGUUGCGACAACAACCGUUGCAUCUACAGCCACGAGCUGUGCAACUCUGCGGACGACUGUGGCGACGGCUCGGAUGAGAGACGAGAAAACUGCCAAAGCCCCACUCACGGCCCUUGCGCUGACGAGGAGUACAAAUGCAGUAAUCGACAAUGCAUUCCUCUUCAGUACGCCUGCGAUGAUUAUGACGACUGCGGGGACCAGUCGGAUGAACUCGGCUGCCACCAGCAAAGCACUCAUUCUUGCAGUGCCCAAAUGUGUGAACACAACUGCACCGACUUGACGGACGGAGGCUUCUUGUGCUCCUGCAUGGCAGGUUACCGAGCCAGAAGCGACGAACGACACACCUGUGAAGAUAUCGACGAGUGUGAGGUGUACGGGAUUUGCCCCCAAGAGUGCAAGAACACAAAGGGAAGCUAUGAGUGUUUCUGCGCUGAGGGCUUUGUCUCCUUUAGCGAACCACGUGGGACCCAGUGUGCCGCCCAAGGAAACCCACCAGUGCUUCUCCUGCCGGAUAACGUCCGUAUCCGACGCUUCAAUCUUUCAUCUGAGCAGUAUUCCGACUAUGUGGACAAUGCUGAACACAUCCAAGCUCUGGACUACUUGUGGGAUCCAGAAAAACAAGGCCUAAGCAUCGUGUACUGGACAGUUGUGGGUCGAGGAUCUGAGUUCGGCUCCAUCAAACGUGCUUAUAUGACCACCUUCAAUGAUCACGGCAACAACCCAGUCAGAGACGUGGACCUCAAUCUGAAAUAUGUUGCUAAUCCCGACGGCAUCGCUGUCGACUGGGUUGGCGGGCACAUUUACUGGACUGACGCUGGCACCAAUCGUAUUGAAGUGGCCAAACUGGACGGGCGUUACAGGAAGUGGUUGGUCCACACUGACCUCGACCAGCCCGCUGCCAUCGUCGUCAAUCCAGCCCUCGGAACAAUGUACUGGACCGACUGGGGUAGGAAACCCAAAAUCGAGUCGGCGUGGAUGGAUGGCCAAAGUAGGCAGGUGCUGGUCAGUGAAGAUUUGGGCUGGCCUACCGGGCUGGCUCUGGACUAUCUGAAUGCACACAGGAUCUACUGGUGUGACUCCAAAGAAAACAUCAUUGGGUCCAUGAAACCCGAUGGCACAGAUAGAAAGAUCAUCAUAUCGGGAGAUCUUGGGAAUCCAUACAGUUUGGACCUCUUUGAGGGCCACGUGUACUGGACAACAAAGGAGAAAGGGGAAGUGUGGAGGACAAAUAAAUUUGGAAAAGGAAACAAAGUCAAAGUGUUAACCAUCAACCCAUGGCUGACUCAGGUUCGCAUUUACCAGGAGCACCGGCACAACCACUCAGUGCCCAACCCUUGCAAGAAUGUGUGCAGUCACCUGUGCCUCCUCCGGCCCGGUGGUUACACGUGUGCCUGCCCCCAAGGUUCCUCAGCACUGGAUUUUGACUCGGGUGAAUGCGAUGCAGCCAUUGAGGCGCCUGUUGCGAUGCCUCUUGCAUGCAGAUGCAUGAAUGGUGGCACUUGCUACACCGACGAAGCGGGUCUGCCCAAGUGCAAAUGUCCUUACGGUUAUUUGGGCAGCUACUGCGAAAUGGGCAAGUCACGAAGCGCUCCAGCGGGAACAGCUGUGGCAGUUCUUCUCGCAGCCAUCAUCAUCAUUAUUACCGGCGCCUUGGCAGUCGGGGUCUUCCUCAACUACAAACGAACCGGAUCCUUCCUCCCCUCUCUGCCCAAACUGCCCAGCCUCAGCAGUCUGGUGAAGUCUAGCGACACAGGCAAUGGAGUGACCUUCCGCUCGGGCGACAACGUGGAUCUCGGACCCACACGCAUCGGAGUGUCGUUCAUCGAUACCGCCAUGCAGAUGGAUGAUCGUUUUGCCGUGGAAGUGGCGAGGCAUCCCGUCACCUUUGAGAAUCCGUUAUAUGCCAACGCGGCCGCCAUGGCGGCGGACCCGGCUGUCAUUCACGCCUCGCAGGUGACUGUUAACGUGAGUGGCGAGAAAUUACAGAACAACUUUGCGAACCCGGUCUAUCACGCUGAGCAGAGCGCAGGCCUUGUUCACACCUCGUCUGUUGGGACCAAACCUGUUGAGGAGUCAACAUGGAGCCUAUUGAAGCGUCGACUGAAGCCCAGCAGCGCUUUUGAAAUCCAGUCCUACUCCAAGAUGAAGGACGACAAGUCUGAAGGAAGCAGAGGAAGAGGAGGAGACGACGCCCCACCCCCCAAACCUCAGAGGAGGGACCAUCAUCAUCAUCACCAUCAUCAUCCGAGCGCCUUUUCACCGACCGAGGACAGUUUCAAAGACACGGCCACUCUGGUUAAAGAGGACAUUGACGUAUAACCGCACCCUCACUGACGAGGGAAAAUCACACUUUGCACAGAAUUUAUUUUUUUAUGCAGCCUGUGGGGGGAAA